AUGAAUGGCGUCAGGCAGGAUGAGCUGCGAGAAACGGAGUCGAAGCGCGUGAAGGUUUACAUAUUGGAACAGAACGAGUGGAAGGACACAGGUACCGGAUUCUGCAUCGGGAAGGUGGACAAGGAGGAGCGGCAAGCGGAGCAGAACGCGCCCCCGGAAGACGCGUUAGCCGCUUACUUAGUGGUCAACGACGAAGAGGCGCCGGAGAAGACGCUGCUGUGGUCGAAGCUGGAAGGGAACAUUGAGUACCAGCGGCAGGAGGAGACGCUGAUUGUGUGGAAGGACUUGUCGGGUCAGGACAUCGCGCUCAGCUUCGAGGAAAGCACAGGCUGCGACGCGUUGUGCGAUUUCAUCAUCAAAAUCCAAAAAUCUUCUGAGAACAACAUCUCGCUGGUCGCGGUGCGCUCUAAUGACGACGGCAUGGGCUCUGUUCAUGAAAUCAUCACCGGGCCCGUGAACCUGCCCUGCAACGAUGCGGAGCAGGACGAGAAGCAGCUGAUGGAGGCGCUCAAGAUCCUCAACGAAAACACGGCUUUCGAGUACCUGCGGUCUGAGACCAUGGAGUUCGUGCUGAAGUCGAACUACGUCGCGACCCUGAUCAAGCUGUUUGAGAAGGCCGAGGCUGGCCACAAGCUGCGGGAGCUGCUGCUCCUGAGCAACAUUCUCAAGACUCUGACGCUGUACAACCAGCGCGAGCUUCUCGAACAGAUGGUCGGGGACGAGUACAUCAUGGGGGUAGUGGGCAUUCUCGAGUACGACACGGAGUUCCCCACCAGUAAAGCAAACCACCGAGAGUACUUGCUGCACUCGGGGCCCCACUUCAAGGAGGUGGUGCCGCUGAACAGCGACGAUAUGAAAAGAAUUAUCAAGAAGACCUACCGGCUGCAGUUUUUCAAGGACGUCGUACUAGUGCGUUUCUUGGACGAGCACAGCUUCAACAUUAUAUCCGACAUCAUUCUGGAUUUACAAACCUGCAUUAUCAAUUUCAUACAGGAUGAAACGUUUCUCCCGAAACUGAUCGCUCUAUACACGGCAGCCUCCCCAGACACCCCUAUCGAGACUAAGAGGGACGGCAUACGCAUGCUUCACCAGUGCGUCCAGAUAACAAAGAAUCUGGAGCAUUCCGAAAAGUCCAGGUUUUUCAAGGCUCUGGUGAGAGCAGGUUUGUUCAAGAUCUUCGAUUUUGCAUUCGGUCAAGAGACAGACAGCGGAAUCAGAAUCCUGGCCACGGACAUGGUAAUAAGCAUUAUAGAGCACGACAUCCUGCUGAUCAACAGCGUACAGAAUGAGCUCAUUAACCAGCCAGAAGGCUUAGACCAAGAGCAGCAGCAUUCUCAUAAGCAGCCCGCUGAAAAUGGCAACUGCACUGUAUCGUCAGACGUAUCUCUGCUUGCGAUCUUGUCCAAGAUUCUUUUGACAGACAAAAGCUUGGGACUAAAGGAGCAGGUGGUACAGGCUUUAAACACGCUACUUCACCCGGAGGGUUGCAUGGGCAUGGAUCCAGACUAUAAUGACUCCGGAGGCGUUGACAUGAUGAUGAACUUUAAUGACGCACGUUCUAAUGGAAUGAACGAGGAAAACCUUAUUGACAACAUGAAUUUCCAGAUGACAGACUACUUCAACAACUUUUACACCCAAGUCGCCCCACAGCUUUUUGCACCCCUCAUAACCAAUUCCCUGAGUACUCCUGAUGAUGACGUUCUUUUGAUUUACUUGGUAAAGCUGAUCAAUUUCGUCAGUACGGAACACAACCGCCGGCUUUCCCGCGAAUUCAUAAUGGAGAAUAACAUUUUGAAAAACAUAGCCAAGCUCUUGGAUCCUCAACGCAUGCUCCAGCUCCGCUUAACUGUGGUUCGAUGCUUGAAAAGCAUAGUGUGUUUGAAUGACGAGUUUUACCACAGAUACCUUAUUUCAGAGAAUCUUUACGCCCCAGUAAUGGACUUGCUGCGCGAAAAUCUUCAUGAAGACAACUUGGCCAACUCGAGCAUUCUGGAUUUCUUCAAAAUCGUCUCUUCUCAGUGUAUGCAGGCUCUGGAGCUCAAGGCGUCUGAUAAGAGAAACUUCAUCAUGCUCAACAAGCAUUUGGUGAAAAAUUACCGUGACAUUCUGCUCGAAGUCGACUACGUGCCCUUCACCAAGGAUAUGAUUAGAAUGUAUGACGAGGGAGAAGGGCAGCUCCGCGAGAGCGUCACGGAGUCUACUAGCAUGGUUUACGCAAAAGAGGGCAAACGGACAUUUUCAGAAACCUUGGAGACUACCAAAGUCAGCACAAGCGAGGAGACCACGACGUUCAAAAAAGCCAUGGAGAAAAUCACCUCAGCUCCACCACAAAGUUUCAUAAAGGAAGAUGUACUGGGUACUGAGUUUUAA